UUGGUCAGACUUCACUUAUUUGUACACCCUUGGGGUUGAUAAAAAUGUACACAUGGGUUUCCUAGUUUCAGGAAACCUGGGGGAAACCCUAUUUAUUAAAAACCCCCCUAUUCAGGAAACCUCUCCCUCCAUAUUUAUUUUUUUAAUUAAUUAAUUUUUAUUUUUAAGGGUUAUUUUCAAUUUUCCUUCUUCUUUCUCCCCUUUUACAGCUUUAAAAUUGUUGGAGAGCAUCUCAUUAAUAUUUUAUGCCUCCACAGCCAUAUCAAUUUAAUAGCAACACUAUUAGCAGUAAUAGAAUGGCAGGAAGUGGUUCGCCUCCUAGACACGCACCUCUUUUAAGACGUCAAACUUCUAAUUUGCCCGGUCAAGUUCACCACAUGGCAGUAAUGGUUGCCCCAAGCCGAGUCGACUACAGCGUCAACAAAGGUGGUCUUCGUUCCUGGGCGGUGAUUAUUGUGUUUGUUCUGCUAUGUUCUGCAAUUUUGAAUAUAUUUUCUGAAGAUGGGGAAGGACGUUAUCGAGAAGAGGAUUUUGAUGACAAAGAAGAAUCUUUGGCUGCUCCAGAAGAACAGAUUGGAACGUUUAAAGACGAGGAGGAGGCUUAUGAGAAGAGGUAUUACCAAAAAGAGAAGGUGGAGGAGAGCAAGGGAAAGAGGCAUGAAGCGUUUGGAGAGGAGAAGGAAGGAGAGGAGGAUGAUGAUAAUGAGGAGGAGGAAGAGGUGGAUGAGGAAGAGGAUGAAGAUGAGGAAGAGGAGGAGGAGGAAGAAAACGAAGAUUUGGGCUAUGUGGGGGACAGGGAAGAAUUAAUGUUGGCUAGACUAAGUGAGAAAAGCUUGACUUCUUCAAAGAGAAAAGGAGGGGGAGAAGAGGGACAAGAAGGCAAAAUACCCAAAAUUGUUGAAGUGAAGAAGCCAGAAAGGACGGGGCCUGAAACUGUUAUAAGAAGAAAACAAAAGGAGGAAAUUGAAGAAGAAAAAGUAGGGAAAAAUAAUAAUACUAUUUUUAAAAAAUCGAGAAAGAAAUAG